GAUGCCGGGAUGUUUACACUUCUGACAGCAGCGUCCACCCGAGGAGGAGCAGCAGUUGCGGGAGGAUGGGCUGCUGCUAGGCUCGCGCCCGGGACCUGCGGGGCCGUGAGAGGGUGGGUGGACGCACCUGCAGCGUCUGCAGGGGCAGCGUGGCGCGAGGUGGCGUUGGGCUCAGGCCCCGCAGCCAUAGCUCUCGGCCCUGCGGGCCUUUCCGCGGCGCUGCCUCGCUGGGCCGCCUGCCCGCCAGCCCCAGGCCCCUCGCGGGCAGCAGAACUGACAACUCCCCGCUUCCUGGUCCGUGAAGUUCCCGCUGCUUCGGACGAUGGAUGAACAAUCGCAAGGCAUGCCAGGGCCACCUGCUCCUCAGUUCCAGCCCCAGAAGGCCUUACGACCGGACAUGGGCUAUAAUACCUUAGCCAACUUUCGAAUAGAAAAGAAAAUUGGUCGCGGGCAAUUUAGUGAAGUUUAUAGAGCAUCCUGUCUCUUGGAUGGAGUACCAGUAGCUUUAAAAAAAGUGCAGAUAUUUGAUCUGAUGGACGCCAAAGCCCGUGCCGACUGCAUCAAGGAGAUCGACCUCCUGAAGCAACUCAACCAUCCAAACGUAAUUAAAUAUUAUGCAUCGUUCAUUGAAGAUAAUGAAUUAAACAUAGUUUUGGAAUUAGCAGAUGCUGGCGAUCUAUCCCGAAUGAUAAAGCACUUCAAGAAGCAGAAGCGGCUGAUCCCGGAGCGGACCGUCUGGAAGUACUUCGUGCAGCUGUGCAGUGCGCUGGAGCACAUGCACUCCCGCCGGGUCAUGCACAGAGACAUCAAGCCAGCGAACGUGUUCAUCACGGCCACGGGCGUGGUCAAGCUCGGGGACCUGGGCCUGGGCCGCUUCUUCAGCUCCAAGACCACCGCGGCGCACUCUCUAGUGGGAACGCCGUACUACAUGUCUCCCGAGAGGAUCCACGAGAACGGCUACAACUUCAAGUCCGACGUCUGGUCUCUGGGCUGUCUCCUGUACGAGAUGGCGGCACUGCAGAGUCCCUUCUACGGCGACAAGAUGAACCUGUACUCGCUGUGCAAGAAGAUCGAGCAGUGCGACUACCCCCCCCUCCCUUCAGACCACUAUUCGGAGGAACUCCGGCAGCUGGUGAACGUGUGCAUCAACCCAGACCCGGAGAAGCGGCCGGACGUCACCUACGUGUACGACGUGGCCAAAAGAAUGCACGCCUGCACCGCGAGCAGCUGAGCGCCGGGGGCGUCACCGACACCGCCGACCGGAGUGAGUGUCUCCGUGCAGGCCGCGCCCGCGUCUCCGUUGGGGUGUCGGCGUGGACUUGGCGUGGACGCGCAGGAGCUCGCGCGCUUUGAAUCCUUAACCAGUUUUCAUCCAGGCUUCAUUUUGUACCCGUGUAAGUCGCCUUCCUGCAAACCCAAGUGACUCUGGAGUGAUCGGAUUGCAUGCUGGGAGAGUGAAAGGACCGUGGUAGCUCUCGGGGGACAUAGGUCUGCGCGCCGAUGUGUGUGCCCGCAAGUUGCGGUCAGAUCCCGCUCACUGGACAGUCCCCUCCUGCGAGGCCUGCGCAGUGGUGUCUGGGCCACGGACCGCGGGCCCCUCAGUCCCUCCACGGGCAGUUGACAUGAACACAAUUGUAAACUUGGGUGACUAUUUUAUUUUUAAAAGUUGAAGUAUGUGUUUUAGUUCUUAGCACCGUAGCAUUUAAAUAAUUCUUAAGGUAAACGUCAACAUAAACUGAGAAGCAUUUAAAAUUCUUAGCUCAUACAUUGCAAAUGCAGCUCUUAAAUGUGAAAACAUCGGGGGACGAGAUGUGAGUCAGACACUGAAGAGUUUUUCACCUCCUUUCGUUUUGUCUUCGUAUCCUCGAUACUCUCUUUGCGUUAAAAGGGUAUAAAUGAAUCCGUGUAAAAAGUGGUUAAGGAUUUGUUUGGGUGUUGUGACAGUAAUUUGGAAAGUUGCACAUGGCCCAGGGCUUUUCUGUGUUUUUACUGUUGUUUGUACAUUUGGAAAAUAUCCUUUCAAUAAUCUUGCAGUACUCCAUUUCCAUUUCUUUAUCGGUUUAAACGCUCCACUCAUAGUUGUACACUAUAGUUUCAGCAUAUGUUUUUACUCAUAGAUUUUAGUGAAGGUCUGAUUGGUCCCCCUUCAGAAAUUUUUUUAUAUUCUGCAAGCUACUCUCUUAUUUAUAUUGUAUGUGCAUUUUAUCCGUGAAUAUUUCAGAUUCUCUGACAACCUAAUACCUUUAAAAAGUCUUUGGUAUUUGAACACUUUUCCUGGAUUGGAAACAUUUUUUUUCUAAACUUUUUAAAACUUGGACCGCCCGGGCCGCCUGCACUGGGUCCCGCUGGAGAGGAAGGAAGGAUGUGAGCUGAGGGGUGCAGACCGCACCUGUGAACAUUGAAACUGUUUCGGUUCUGUUGACGAGGUUGCAAUUUUAGAUUUUGUUUGAAGAAAUGGAACAGGCCAUUCCCACGGGCAGAGUUUUUGUGAAGCUGACAGUUCUGCUGAGAAGCAUUUGAGCAGAGUGCUGUGUUCAGGCAUGAAGGUGACGGAGGUGAUGAUGUGUUGAGGACAAGGGGGUGGGCAGAGCCCCGUAAAUGCGAGCGGAAGAGUGCCCAUGUGCCCUCAUGUGGGUGGUCCGUCCCCAGUGCCUGCCAGCACUGUGAGGUCGGCGGAGGCCGAGUGGCCAGCCACCUGGGGUGGGUGAUCCCAGCAGUGUGGGGACCUCACCUUCGGACAACACCUGCCUCUGGCCUGUGUUACGGCCGGGCUUGUUCCUUUCGUGUAAGUAUUUUUCCUGCAGUAAUUUGAAUGCGGUCAAGUCAUUUAUAAACUUUACAAAUGUAGAAAGGGCAAAAAAGUAUAUAUAAACUCUCCCUUUUCCCAAAUGUAAUCAGUCUCGGUAUUUUUAUUGGUUAUGUGCGUGGAGGAUGAUUUUGUCUUGGGAGGGGCCCCUGCUCGCUCCCUCCGCCGGCGGAGGCCUGUUCUCGCAGGCCCUGGUGGCUGACGCCGGCACUCUCACGCGGACCACCCGCAGCUCUGCUUCCGGAGCGGGGGCGGGAGUCGUUUUUCUGCCGCCCACGGUGCCUUGUGCAGUUUCGUGUCCCGGGGUUGACGGGAUGAAUGUCCUUCGCUUGGGACAGAUGUCCCCUUUUUCCUGUAAUUUUCAAAAUUCCGUGGGUCUGAAUCUCCUGUGGGGGCCCGCCCCGCACAGAGACAGGUAAGCAAAGGUUCCAGCUGACAGCGCGGGCGGCGCCGGGGAAACCGGGCUUACUUGCUGCACAGGCGACCUGCUGUGUGGGCUCUUCUCUCUCUCGUUUCAAAUCUAAGUGUUCUUAUUCUCUCCCGAACAAACCACUGUGCAAGAAACUAAUUUUAACUCUGAAUGGGAUCAUUUCAAAGAAUUAUGGAGAUGAUUAGAAGUUCUAAUUUUUAUAAUCACCUAUAACACGUUGCCUUUAUAUAUUUCUGUUCAUAAGUGAGUUUUGUGUGGAUGAAGUGAGAUGUUUGAAUUGAUUUGAGAAACAGUAAAAUGAAAGGUACCUCUGACUCUAAACCUUAUUUAGGCACCGGGACCAGUUCCCCAGGGGAGGAGGUGGGGAGACAUUGUUCUGUAAGCCAAGGUCUAGGGCGGCAGAUGAAGGGCACCCCCGGGUGAGAAAAGGGCCCCGUCAUGGCUGCUGGUUGUGAGCCCCGUGAACGCCUCACCACGCCGCAGACUGGCCUGGUUGAUACAAGGCCUCUCCCCUGUGUCAGUGCAUUUCCGGUGCCGCUGUUAACAUUUACACGGUAUUUAUUUUAACCAAAUUGUUACUCAUACUAAACGUUUUUCCCUUAAAUGAAUGUAUUAUGUCUAUACCCCGCACCUCGUAUUUCAAUAGUACUGUAAUAUGGCCUUUUGUGAAAUACUUUCAUUUUGUUACGCUUUACAUACACAUGCUGAACAAACUCUGAUGUUAGCUUUGAAAAUUGUCUAAUAUCCUCAUAAAAUAUAAAAUUAAAAAAAUAAGCACAAUAACA